AGCUGAUGCCGUCUGUACUCUGUAGGGAGGGAAGUAAAAAAAACAGUUUCUCGUGUUUGUGCUUCGUGUGGGUUGUAAAGUGUUAUUUCGAAUCAUUAUGAAGCGUUUCUGGUGACUUUUCGUAUUUAUUUAUCUAGCAUGAUCAACAAUUACACAUUAUACAUUGGAAUCUGUCUAAUAUUGGACGUUAGUGCAACGUGAUAUGUCUCACACGUACAUCGCAGACUGUGCAGACAACAAGAAGGGAGAUGACACCCUCAUCAUCAUCGUCAACUCUGACGGAACCGUGUCUGUUGAUCCGGAGACCUUACAGAAACUUCUUGCCAAUCAACACCACAACUCGCCCAUCAGCUUGGUGCGACUGGACGCCAAGUCGGAUGGCGGUGGCGGAGGGGACCUGGUGUGUGAGGAGGACGAGGAUCCGGACUCCCGGGUGAACCUAACAGUGGAGGGCUACUACCCACCAACCCCCGCACCAUCAUCACCCACCCCACCCCCUACCCCUGUACCUGACACAAGCAUCACCUCAGAUGGAGGAGGGCCAGAACUGUUGGCCGACUCCAUCACGGAGAUUCUACAGCCGGAGGAUGUGGAGAAGUUGGAGACGGCUCUGCAGUCCGAGCACGCCAAGGAGAUCCUGGGCGAUGUUGUGUUGGACAUGCUCCAAAAGAAUGGGGAGGAUGGAGGAUUGACGGGCGAGCUCCCAAUGACUCAGCAGGGUUCCGUGGUGUUGGACCAUUGCUACGCCUCACUGUCCGGCCCCGCCGUUCCACCCCCCACUGCACCGCCACCCUCUCAGCCCACAAGGGGGACUGGACGGGGCCGAGGCAGGGGUCGGGGAGGCUUGCUGCACGGACAGAACAAGAUACACGUGUCUGCCAGCGCCACCAUGGUGCCCCUUGUCGAACAGCUGGUAAUACCUCAAACACCGGUAACUGUGUCUGCCAGCACUGCCGCCUCCAUAGUCAAAAAUCAAGCCACUGUUGCCCUACAAAGGGUUGAUCUGCAACAAGUGUUACCCAGUAACGUUGUGCCGUGUACAGUCAUGCUCAAUAAGGUGCCGGUGCAACCCAAACCUCCUGCCAUCGCACCGAUGCCGUCUGGAGCCGGAGACGUGCCCUCCAUAAAAUCAUCUGACACUGAACUGAUACCAGCCGGUGCUGUUAUUGGGCCCAAAAAGAGGGGAGGUGGAGGGCGAGGUCGAGGCCAGGGCCGAGGGCGGGGUGUCCCCCGACUCAGUAUAGAGGAGGAGGUGAAGGCCAAGCAGCUGGCGGAUGCGAUCUCAGACACUGUCCAGGCUCUCACCCUGGCCGAGGCGGAGCAGUUUGCACAGAUCGAAUCGAUGGAUCAAAGCACAGAAGCUGACAGGGUAAUUCCUCUGGUGAAUAAGGUACCAGUGAAAAAGCCCAUCAAAGUCUACCGGAGAGCAGUGGAUCCUGCGUCUUUGGUGGGGCCCAAGACAUUAAAGGUGCUCAAGCCUGAGAAACCUCCCCAGAAACCCAAAGGUCCCAAGAAGUCUUUGGAAUCUUCUAGUCAUGAUACUACUAAACCACCCACUGAACCAAAGAAAGAGGAGAAGGUGAUCGUAGUGUCUAUGGAGCCGCAGAUAACGCCUGCUGUGGUGUCGGCGGUGGUGAUGUCUCAAGGUGGUCCCCCGCCCGCCGUAGCUCCUGUGGUCCCCCCUGCCCCUAUCCCCACUCCGGCCCCAGUUCACACUCCCGGAGCGGGGAACCGCAAGAACUACCCUAAGCGAGAGAACCGCAAGCCCCCCGCCCACCUGGCAGAGGCGUUCGGCCCCGCUCUGUUCUCUACCCCCGACAUCAUCAGGAGGGUCAGCACCGACAAGCCCACCACGCCCGUCACUCCCUCACAGCCUCCCACCCCUCAACUACCACCCACACCUAACACUCCUGUUACGCCAAGCGCUACGUCUACAAAGUUGGAGGAAGAGCUCAAAGAGCUGAGUCCGCUGACUGAGCCGGAUGGAAUCCUAGACACCAUCAGCUCGCAGGUGAGCAAGCAGGAAGAUCAGCUGUUGGCAGAGGCCUUGCUGCUGGACGAUCUCGCAACCUUGCCGUCAGACAUUCUCCAGGAUGAAGUUCCGUCGGCAAAAGAGCCGGAAGCUGUGGUACCGAGUACAACUCCGACCACUACGAAAAAAACAGCCGCAGAAAAACAAAAGUAUGUCACAGACCACUUUGGCUGCGUUUUUCCCGAAAGUAAACCAAAAAAAGAGGACACGAAAGCGGAGUCGGCAGUCGAAGAGAGCCCCUCUGUAACGCCUCAAGUAACCACUCCGACCGUGAGGAAGCUGCCCCCGGUAGAACUGCCCGCCACGCGUGGCGCUACCAAGCGGGCCACCUUGCAGGCACAGGACACGCCAGUCAAGAAGCCAGAGGCCGCGAAGAAAGUGGUGACAAGCAGUGUGGAGAAGAGAAAAUCUACUGAUUCCAAGAAGUCCACAGAGUCGAGGAAGUCUGCGGGAAGAUCAGUGGGUGAUGACUCGGAAGAUAUGUUGGGCAGUGACGAGGUCAGUGAUGAGGAAGGUAGCUACAACUCUGAAGACGACCCUAAUCGUUUGUGGUGUAUUUGCAAGAGACCACAUAACAAUAGGUUUAUGAUCUGCUGUGACUUCUGUGAGGAUUGGUUUCAUGGAAAGUGUGUUGGAAUUACCAAAGCAAUGGGAGAGCAGAUGGAGGAGCAGGAGAUAGAGUGGAUGUGUCCUAACUGCAAGAAGAAGAAGAAACAGGAGGAGGUAGCCAAGAAGCAAGCAGAAGUCAAGGUCAUGUCCCCCAAGAAAGUGUCAGGACCACCACAACCGGAGGUGGUGGAUACUCCGGCACCUGUCGUCGAGACCCCUCCUACCAAGAAACCUGAAGCCUCCAAGGUUAUCAUUCAACACCAGAAGUUGGUGGUUUUAAGUCAGGAUACUCCAAAGAGCUCUAAAGGCCCGGAGAUCCGUAUCACCAAGGUGUCCACUCGGAAAUCCGUGGACACGAGGAAAUCCACCGAGGGUCCAGAGACCCCGAAGGCUCAAAAACAGGAGCUUACAACCCCGACCCCUGCCAGCACGUCGGUGGAGACCAACCCCCCUCCUCCUGCUGAAAUUACUCACCGAGUGAACCCGAGCGUGGAGUGUAUAGUCUGCAAGAAGGAGGCUAUGGACAGUGCGGUGUACUGCAGUGACGAGUGUAUCGCAAAGCAUUCUGCCGACUCACUCACCACUCUGGACAAGAGCUCCAUCAUCGUCUACGAGAAGAAGACUGGCCGCAUGUACGGAGGCCCUAACCCCCCCACGCCCAGCACCCUCACAAGCUGGUUGAUGGCCCAUCCUUCGUACGAAGUGAUGCAAGGUGGAGUUCUGCCUUCGGCAAAGUUCUACAAUCAACAUCGCACCAACAACAAGCCGAUGGUCCGGACACCCCAGCCGCUGCUCAAGCAGACGGUGCUGCAGACUCGACCCCAGGGCAUACAGCUCAUCGCCGCCUUGCCUCAGCCACCACCGAUUGAGGGACCAUUGAAGAAAAAUGUACCGAAGGCAGAACCUCCUUCAACAACCCCUAAAACGAAAGCUCAAAUUGUUGCUAAGGGACAGCAACAGAUAACGACUCUUUUGAAAAUCCAGCCACCCAAACAGGAAGUUGCAGAAGUAAAACCGGCACCAACAAAGAUUUCCACCACUCCCUCUGUCACCCCUCCUCCCAAGAAACAGGUCAAGGAGACGAAGAAGACCCCACAGCAGCCUCCUCCCAAGAAAGUAACUCCGACUGUAGCCAAGAAGGUGGUCAAGGAGGAGGCAAAGCCAGAACAGAAAAAGGAAGAAGGUCGAGGGAAGGACUUUGAGGAGCAGACCGUCAGGACAAGUGUAAAAAAAAUGCUGCAAGAAGUUUUGACAACAAGACUGCAAGAAACCACUGAUCUCAAACUCUCAGAGGAACAGGUAAAGAAGCUGGCGACACAAAUAGAGGAAGAACUUUUUGCCUUAUUUAAGGAGACCAGUGUCAAAUACAAAGCCAAGUACCGCAGCCUGAUGUUCAACAUUAAAGAUAAAAAUAACCUGACUCUAUUCAGGAAGAUAGCCGACAAAUCUUUAAGUCCAGUUCAAUUAGUCCGAUUAUCACCAGAAGAGCUUGCAUCACAAGAACUAGCUCAGUGGAGGGAGAGGGAGGCCAGACAUCAGUUAGAAAUGAUCAAGAAGACCGAACUGGAUCUAAUGCAACAAGCGAAAACAGUCGUGAUGAAAACACAUAAGGGAGAGCAAGUGGUUGAAAACGAAGACGGUCUUGGAGCCAAGGUCCUAGAAACCUCUGUUGAAAUUGAACCUGUGAUAAAUGUGUCUGCUCCAGUGACACCUUCUGCUGAAGUCUCAUCAGUCAAACAGAAAGAAGAUUCAUUGAAGUCAAAAGACGACAAACAGAGUAAAAAAGAUAAAAAGGAAGAAAAGCACAAGGAACGUAGACACAGUCAUAAAAGUAGCCAUAAAGAUCAUCAGAGAAGCCGAAGUAGGCACAGAAGCAGGCAUAAAAGUGAGAGUGACCGAAGAAGUAGGAGUAAGAGCAGAUCGCGUACUGAGAACAGGCUAAGAAGUAGAAGUGGGAGUGCUGAAGAGACUGUAAAAAGUAAAGAAAAUAAAACAGAAGAAAGAGGACGCAGUAAGAGCCGACCUCCGGACAGAAGUAGGAGUAGGCUUCGGGAUAGAGAAAGAAGUAAAAGUAGACCAAGAGAGAGAAGCAAAAGCAAACCAAGAGAGAGAAGCAAAAGCAGACCAAGAGAAAGGAGCAAGAGUAGACCGAGGGAAAGAAGCAAAAGUAGUGCAAGAGACAGGAGCAAGAGUCGAACAAGAGAACAAGACAGGAGCAGAAGUAAAAAUCGUUCUGAUGAGAAUACUAGUAAGAGUUAUACAAGAAGUAGAAGCAAAAGUAAACCAAGAGAAAGAAGUAAAAGCCAGUCAAGAAAAACAAGCCAAGAUUCUGAAGCUAGUCAAGUUACUUCUGGAGAUGAAAAGCUCACGUUGGAAAAAGUCCAUGAAGGUAUAGACAUACCUGCGAUCCAACCAGCAAUCUUUGAUGCUGAAAUUAAAGAAAUCAUCAAUGAUGUGGUUGUCGAGGAAGAAAUAGGUGCUGCGGCUGAAGAAGAUCUUUCUGAUAGAGAACCAAGUUCAACAGUAAAUAUCACGACUCCACCUUUCAAUGCUUUCGAGGACGACGAAUCUACAAAACCUCCUAUAUGGAGGGGAACACUUCUGAUGCCAGAUGUUGCCAAGUUUUCUACAUCAAUACUAGAAGUUUCAGGGGUUUGCAGUGACCUUGAGUUUGAUCUGCCAGACACUAUCGACUGUGUUGGCAGAAUCAGCCCUGAGACUGCCUGGGAUUACAUUUCAAAAAUGAAAAAAUCGGGCACAAAGCAAAUUCUAGUCAUUCGAUUUUCUGCAGAUAACGAAGAAGACAAAAUGUCUUACUUGAGCUUCUACUCGUAUCUGAGCAGCAGAAACCGUUUAGGAGUAGUCGGCAACAAUUCCAAAAUGAUAAAGGAUUUCUACAUCUUGCCUUUGCCCAGUCAUAGUCCUGUCCCUCAGGUACUUCUGCCUCUGGACGGUCCGGGAUUCGAGGAUUACAGACCUCACCUGUUGCUGGGGAUUAUUGUGAGGACAAGGAGAAAGCGGUUGUUGACAGACAACGAGCUGCCAUUUGUACCGAAGGUCGCCAAGAAGUCCGAGAGAAGCUACACACCCCCGCUUCCUGACGAGGAUAGCCACACGCCCACCCAACAACAUCAACACCCCGACACAGAGUCGUUCACACCGCCUCACUCACCCGACACUCCCAGAGUCAUCAAGCUGAAGACAAGCAAUCGCAGUUCACGUAGUAGUCCCGUGAGUGAGGACUUUGUGGUGGAGGACGGAGAUACCCCUUAUACCCCGGAGGAUGAAGAUCCCGAUGCACCAUACAGUCCUGGCGGUGAAGCUUCAAAUUCAGACCCUAGAGCCUCAUCUCCAGGCUGCAGUGCCGAGCUUCAGCGCAAGGUCGACAAACUCAACCAGAUGAUCAAUGACAUCGAGGAGCGCAAACAGAAAAUCGAAAGCCUCAGCACAAUUGUGGGAAUGUCUCCUCCUCAGGAAAUAAUGAUCGGUACACAAGAAGAUGAAGAAGAAAUAGAAGAAGCUUAUAGUCCAUCUGGCUCGAUCACACCCCCACCCAUGGACAGCUCUUACCUGGACAGAGGCAAAGGUUCCAAAAUAUCUCUCCCCUCUGAUCUUCAGGAUAUUAUAUCCAGUAUCAAGAAGAAACCGGACGAACCAAAAAGCAUGGAUUUGAAGUCAGACCCGAUUGUUCAAGCCUACAGGUCGACUGAUGAACCUUACUCUCCGGAGGAGGACAGGUCUGAUCCUGUCGCAGAAGAAAAGAUGGCCAGUCCUAAUUCUGAGGAAAGUUUUUCAACACAAUCUUCGGCAAAGAGUACAUCUGCGUCGGUCAAGGUGAACAGGGAUCCACGGCAAAGACCUGUCCAAUUAUCCCUGACUCAGCUCUCAGAUGAAGAAAUCAUGAAGAAAGCUUCUGAGAUGGGUUUUAUGAAUCCAGAAAAUCCUGAACCUAUACCCGAUGUAUUAAAAUCCAGAAGUACAUCAGAUGUUCAGUCCACAGGCUCAGAAGAAUACGAUCCUUUUACAACUGAAGAAGAAAGGUCUGCAAUCCCUCCUCCAAAUGUUCCUGUGUUUAUGAAUCAACCAUUUUCUUCUAGUCAGCCUUCUUUUAAUCCUGAUUUCCCACCACCUCCUAGACCUCCCCCUCAUAUGCCUCCAGGUUUUCUUCCUCACAUGUACCCUGCUGCCCCUCCACCACCUUUGCCGCCUCUACCACCUUCCCAUAUUCCCUUCACUAAUCCCCAGCCUCCUCCACCCCAACCUAUUUAUCCUCCACCACCACCCCAGCCCGCACCACUUCCACCUCCUCCUCCGAGUGAUCCUCUGACAAACCACCCCUUGCCCAAGAAAAAAUUCUCAAAAAAGUCAAAGAAGAAGUCAAGAGAAUUAAGAGAGUUGAGAAGUCGCAAGGAAAAGAAAGAAAAGAGAAGAUAUUCUGAGUCUCCACCCCCAAAAGAUUACGAUUAUGAUGACGGGAAAUUUGAAAAAGUCCGAGAACGAGACAGGUAUUCGUCAAAGAAAAGGGAGAGGAGAGAUACGUGGAGAGGUUAUGACAAAUCGCCCGUGCCGGAGAAGAGAAGAGAUUCUUGGGAAUACGAAGCUCCACCUCCACAACUGCCUCCUCCUCCAGUGAUGCAGGGCCCACCCCCACACUCCUUCGGUAUGCCAGGACCAAUGAGAGGUGGACCGAUGAGGGGAAGAUUUCAGAGAGGGAUGAGAGGAGGGUUCAGGAGAGGGUUCGACAGAAUGCCGAUGAGAGGAGGGUUCCACAGGGGGGGAUUUCAUCAGCGCGGGCAUAACCAAGGUCCACCUCCUGGUCCCUCCAGGAGCUUCCAACCAAAAAGUAUUCAGAGCGAGUAUGAAGAGGACAUACGAAGGUUCGAAGAACAAAGGCUAAAGCAGAAGAAUCUUGAAAGGAGAAGAUGGAGAAAUGAAUCACCACCUCCGUCAAGAAAAAGAAGAGGCAAAGACAAUGAUAGUGACUAAACACUUAAAAGUGCAAUAGUGUAUAAUAUGUUUAUAGUACAAAGUCUGACCUGUAAUGUCAAACAGUGAGCGAACCAAAUGUAAUAUUUUUCAUUAUACUGAGUUUUUACAUUUCACCAUUCACUAGUGUCCAAGGUACAGAAUUUUUCAAUAAAUUUGAUUAGUACCUAUUAAUUAUUAAUAUUUGAUCAAUAGUAUUCAAUUAUUCUCUGUAAUUUUAAACUGAAAACUGGUGCUUUAUUUCAAAAAUAAUGCCAUACCUUCUUUAAUGACAAAUUUAAGUUAUAAAAAAAUGUCCAAGUAUUAAAACUUGGAUUAUAUACAAUUUUUUAAAUGCAUAGCUUGUUUUCCACUCACUUUUUUGUUUGAGGAAUGUUUUUUAUUAAUAAAAGCAAAUAGUUCAGAUUGAGACAUAAUAUUCUAACAUUGCAGAGAAUAUUUGAAAUUUUAGUAUACAUAAUAAUAAGUAGUCUUUUACUUCGUUGAAAUCAUUUUGGAAACAGACUUAUCAGUAUUAGCUUGUCACUGUGCAAAUGAUGUACAUAAAUCUGUUUUGUUUUUUAUCUUAAGUGAAAAGACUUAAUUUUACACAAGUUUUCUCAGGUCGACUUCAGUUGUAAAUGUGAUCUAAAUAAAUGCAGACUGCACUGAAACGAGUUUGAGUUUUGUCCCACAGGAACAAUGUAAAUAUUACAACUUUUCUUCCUUUUUGGUCACAGAUAAAUGCAAAAUGUUGAAUUUUAAAGGUACAUUUACAUACAAAUACUUUUGGGUUUUUUGUAAAGUAUGUAUAGUUUUUUUCAUAAAUAAGUGUUUUAAUUUUGUUUGUAUUGAGUUUAUUUAAUAGCAUAUGUCAGAAAAUCUAAAGGCAUUUGAUUGUGUAUUAAAACCUUUGUAAUGUGACAUUUUGCAAAGCAAUACAACAAAAAAUAAGGAAGUAAUACUUAAGCAUUAUUUUUAAGGGACAAAAAUCAAGAUGGCCGUCAUACAGUCACAUCUAAGAAGAAACGUUACUUGUAAAUAUUAAUGAUCUCCUUGUAAUUAUUUAUUUUAUAGUGCAGAUUCACCAUAUAGAUAGUAGGUUGUUAAUGGUUUAAAGUUUUUUUUUAUAACUUGAAGCGUUUAUAUAUAAAUUAAAUAUUUUAUAAUUUACUUGUUUUAGAUUGAAAAUUUUAUCAAAUGAUAUAAAUGCUGCUAAGUGAGAUAUGAAUUUUAUUUAGUAUUUUUCAAUUACAGACUGUCGUAUUUUGUUUUGGGACCAAAAAAGUUAUUUAUAUGAAUGCAAAUAAUAUGGAUUAAAAAUCUACUAGUUUAUACCUUGGUUGUUUUUAUUUUAUACAAUCACAAAAUUUCAGCCAUUAUAUAGAUAUGUUUUAUAUGAUUAACUAAAACUACUCAAAAGACAAUUUGGCUUACGCUUUUAAAGUUCAUAAGAGAGGUCGAUAUUAGGCCUACUUUUGCUUUCCAGUAGAAAUUCACUUUAAAAUAGAAUAUUACCAAAUUAUAACCUUUCAGUAAACAUGUGUUUAUUUUUUAUAGAAGAUUCAGUUGGUUACUAUUUUAUACCCACUAUUGUAUUUUUUAUAGAAGAUUCAGUUGGUUACUAUUUUAUACCCACUAUUAUAUUUUGAAUUUGUGUAAAAUAAAUAUGUUUGUUCAGUUAUUUUAAGGUUGAUUACUACCAUAAUAUUCUCUUAUAUACUUUAUAUUUUGUUGAGACAAAGAAUAGCCUAACCAUCAAAGGUUUCAAUGAGGAACCUUGUGGAGCGCAGCAGACCAUGGAUUUAUUAUUCAUGUAAUAAUAAAAUUGGUUUCAUUCCAAAGCUGUAAUGUGAUUUUUACGUCAGCAUAUUGUUUAUUAACCCACCGAUAUCUAGAGUAUUGGGAUAGCCCCACUCAAAAUACAAAUAUAAAAUGUAAUUAAGUGAACAUUUCAAUUUUACUGGUUGUUUCAUCAGAUAACAAAUUGAGUUACAGCAAAACUGUUCAACUGCUCUCAAUAACACUUAAGAACAAUUCGUAAACCUUGUUCAAUAUUUGUGUUGUUUACUAGGAUUUUGCAAUUAAAAUGUUUGUUGUAUUCUAUGAUAUGUGUUCACUUCACCUGUAAAUAAUUAGUUUGUAUGUAGCAUGAGGCACCGUAAUUGGUAAUACACCCUUGGGGUGAAAAAAGGAUAAAAUUAAUGUCAAACAUUUAAAAUUCCUGUCUUAUUGUUACAUGUUUGAGAACAAAGUUACGGGAGACAGAAAAGUGUAACUUUUAGGUAAGCAAUAACAAUUUUCAAUAACUUCUGUUUUGACUUUUUUCUGUCUCUGCUAACUAAAAACUGAUGCAAAUAUGAAACUGUGAUGCCAUAUUGCUAUUUUCCUAUUUUUUUAAUUGUUUUAAUUCAUUUCUCUGUAAAAUGUGUAAAAUAAGUUGAUAAUGCAGUAUAUGUAAAUAGUUAAUUUUGAUUCUUAUAAAACAGAAGGAUUAAAAGUGAUAUCCAACAAAAA